ACACCUUGCUUGGACAGAAAUAAACCAAAAAGUUUAUAGGGUUAUGUAACUUUUGGCUAACAAAGUUUUUUCGUAUAAGUAGUUAAUUACAAUUUCAAACCAACAUGCCAGAGGCAGAACCUCGAAAUAUUAUAGAAGGAUUCUUUCAGGCAAUAGCAAAUGUACUAGAUGGUCCGACAACCUGGUUUCGAGAGAAAGUUGUAGUGCCUAAUCAACAACAAUAUCCGUGGUACCACCAAAAAUUUCGUAGAGUGCCAACAAUUGAUGAGUGCUACACAGAUGAUGUCGUUUGUAUUUUUGAAGCCAAUGAGCAAUACAGAAGGGAUAGGAAAGUAGAUACAGAAAUUCUAAGCAUUUUGCGCUCACGAUUUGAAGACUGUGUAAUAUAUGAAGCUCCUGAUCAUAUUGAAAAAUGUACUGGACUGUUGAAGCAAUAUGAGGAAGCUGCUGCAAAUUGGUUCACAAAAUAUGGUGAUCUUGGAGGAUAUCAUAAUGCAAAAUUUGCUUACAUGAAGCAAAAACAUCGUAUGAUAUGGGAGCAUGGUCCUGUAGGUUCUGGCAUGAGGAAAGAAAAUGUUCUCGAAGAUUAGUUUCUUGAAAAUAAUUGAGAUAUAGUCAUUGAGAGCUACACCUUAGGGCACUUUUGUCAUUUUAGUGUAAUUAAUAUAAUAAACAUAACCCAAAAAUUGACUGUGUUUGUGG